AUGAACUCGAUCUCUGUUGUUGAAUUGCUUGAUAAAAAGCAAUUAACACUCAAGGAUAUCGACAAUUCCUAUGUACCAAAGAACCUCGUCGAUACUGUAAAUGUUGAAGAGCUUAUUUUCAACUGCAAUGUUCAAAAUUUGAAAGAUUCAAUUGAAAAACUCAAAGAAAUCUUGAACAGGAAUAAGUACCUUGUUCCAUAUGCAUUAAAAGUUAUGGAAUAUGCAUCAUCCAAGCGUCAGCGCUCAAUUGAACAACUUUCACGUUUAUUUAUCGAAGUUUCCAAAGAAUUCAACACAUCAAUCGAAUUAACAGAUGUUGACUUCGGCACUGUCUUAAAGGAAGAUGGUUACGAGAGCAAUGUCUUCCAUGAAGAAAAAUCCAAAGCCGAAGUCGUUCAAAUUGAAAGCAAGAACAUCGUCAUGCAUGCAAUUAUCUGGGACAAGCUCGAAGAAUUCAAACAAGUCAGUUCCCAGCAUAACAUGGACUUCGAAAAAGAAUUUAUCGAAUUAACUUUACUUGAUCUCAGCGCAAAGUACGGCUCAUCACAAAUUUUCAAGCAUCUCAUAUCAACAGGUCAUCGUGCUACAAAGAAUACAUGCGUUUGCGCUGUCGAAGGCGGCAAUAAAGAAAUUAUCGAAUUUUUAGCACAAAAACGUUAUUCAUUCGACAAUUGCUUGACGAAAGCCAUCGAAUUCCACAGAAACGAUAUUGCUUCAUGGCUUCUCGAGAAAUAUACAUGUGAAAUUUGUUCGAUAUCAAAAUGCAUCAAGUUUAUGGAUAUUUCUGCAGCAAUUUUCUUCGCUGAAAAUGGAUUUAAUGUUAAUAAGAAAUUAUCAUUUACAUCUGUUCUUCAUUUUUCUUAG